AUGAGCCCGGUCUCGACCGUUUUUAGCUCGGACACCUCGCAACCUCUCCGUGUUAGAUCUAAAAUUAUUUUUUUAGGUGGAAAAGCAGCAACUGCGCUUGAUCUGGGCGGUGGUUCAACACAAGUUACUUUCAUACCCAGCGAUUUUAAUACUGCUAUGCGUGGCCUUCAUCGUCAAAAAUAUUCACAUCGUCUCAAAAUUUUUGAGAAAGAGCUUCGCCUUUAUACUCAUAGUUAUUUGGGCAAUGGACUUGUCGCUUCUCGUUUAGGAAUUGCCAAGUUGUCUUCUCCAGAUUGGAGUCCGGGAGGUGCUCCAGCACUUAAAACACAUUGUUUGCCAAAGAAGUUUAUAUUGGAUGAUUUUGAUUAUGCGGGCAAUGUUUGGUUAAUUAGUGCAACAAUCGAUGCAAGUUUUGAAAAUUGUUUGGAAACAGCUAAACAUUAUGUAACAAAUCUUACUGAUAUUAAGCAAAUUAAAUUAUUGGUGGACGAGGAAGAUCUUUAUUUAUUUGGAUAUUUUUAUGAUCGUGGGUUACAAGGAAAUAUAGUUGAAUAUACUUUGGAACAAAUUGGAGGAGAAGCAAAAGUUGGCGAUUAUAAAAUUGCUGCUGAAAAAGGCAGGUUUUUUAUCUAG